AUGACAACAAUGCCCCCAUUCCCCUUCCCACCAACCUACAGUUUUCCCCCCUUCUUCACCCCGCAACCAAACACAGCAACCCGCCACUCGCAGCUUGAGAAAUGGUCCUCUCUAAUCCAGUCCUGGUGCCGACAUCAUCGUCAGUACCGCCUCUCCCUAAUUGACGCCGUGGAAACCCCGCUCUUCCACAACACAGCCCUGCGCAAGCGCCUUGAUUUACGUGAGGCCCGCGCAGUCAUCGACUGGAUGGCCAAGAGCGAAGAGGAAAACGGCGGUGGGCGGCGAGCGGAGUGGAUAUCUGAUGCAGGAGCGUCGUCUUCGGUGACUUUAUUAAAUGGCGCUGGGCAGGGGCCGAAGACUGUGGCGUGGAUUUGGUGGAGGAGACCUGAAGAGUGGGCGGAUGUCUUGGUUGAGUGGGUUGAGAGUACUGGACAGAGGGGGUCAGUUCUGACGGUCUAUGAGUUGAUUCACGGGGAAGGGGCUAUGUCACAGGAGUUCCAUGGCAUGGAUACUGAUGUCAUGCUGCGCUCGCUGAAUGUCUUGGUCAAGAGGGGCAGGGCGCAAAUUUUUGGUGGUGAGGGCCAAGAGGGUGUUAAGUUCUUUUGA